AGCCAACUCUCAUCCACUUCAGCUCCAGUUCCCAGUGGCAGCAGUUUAUACACACAGAUUCUCCGUCAGCAUGGCCGAUCCCAACACAAAGCCCAAGUACACAAAACUCUUCAUCAACAAUGAGUUUGUGGAUGCCGUCUCGGGCAAGACCUUUGCCACAGCCAACCCAGCCACUGGCAAGGAAAUCGUCAAAGUGGCCGAAGGAGACAAAGCUGAUGUGGAUCUGGCAGUGAUUGCGGCCAAGAAGGCUUUCCAUCGCAACUCCGACUGGCGCAAGUUGAGUCCCCUGCAGCGCACCAAUCUGAUCAACAAGCUCUGCGCACUGAUGGAACGCGACAAGGAAUUCCUUGCCAGCCUGGAGACCCAGGACAAUGGCAAACCCUAUGCCGAGGCCCUCUUCGAUGUCACCUACUCGAUACUGACGCUGCAGUACUAUGCCGGCUGGACCGACAAGUUCUUUGGCGACACCAUUCCCGCCGGAGGUUUCACCUCGAUGACCCGCAAGGAGCCCGUGGGCGUUGUCGGCCAGAUCAUUCCCUGGAACUACCCUCUGCUGAUGCUCGCCUGGAAGUGGGGCCCCGCCCUGGCCGUGGGCUGCACCAUCAUCAUGAAGCCGGCGGAGCAAACGCCACUCACCGCCCUGCACAUGGCUGCCCUGACCAAGGAGGCGGGCUUCCCAGCGGGCGUCAUCAACAUCAUCAAUGGAUUCGGUCCCACUGCCGGGGCGGCCAUCAGCGAGCACCCGGACAUCGCCAAGGUGGCGUUCACCGGCUCCGUGGACAUUGGUCGCAUCGUGAUGCAGGCAGCAGCCAAGUCCAACCUCAAGCGGGUGUCCCUGGAGCUGGGCGGCAAGAGUCCAGUGGUGGUCUUCGAUGAUGCGGACAUUGACUUUGCUGUGGAGACCACACACGAGGCUCUGUUCUCCAAUCACGGCCAGAGCUGUUGCGCCGGCAGUCGCACCUAUGUGCACGAGAAGAUCUACGACAAGUUCGUGGAGAAGGCCGCCGCCAAGGCCAAGGCCCGCAAGGUGGGCAACCCCUUCGAGGAGAACGUGCAGCAGGGUCCCCAAAUCGAUCAGGAGAUGCUCACCAAAGUCCUCGGCUACAUUGAGAGCGGCCAGAAGGAGGGCGCCAAGCUGCAGGCUGGCGGCAAGCGUAUCGGCAAUGUGGGCUUCUUCGUCGAGCCCACUGUCUUCUCGGAUGUGAAGGAUGGCAUGAGGAUUGCCCAAGAGGAGAUCUUCGGACCUGUUCAGUCCAUCUUCAAGUUCAGCAGCCUCGAUGAGAUCAUCGAUCGGGCCAAUAGUGUCCAGUACGGCCUGGCCGCCGGCAUCAUCACCAAUGACAUCAACAAGGCCCUGAAGUUUGCCAACAACGUGGACGCCGGCUCCGUCUGGAUCAACUGCUACGAUGCUGUCCUCCCCCAGACGCCCUUCGGUGGCUACAAGCACUCUGGCAUUGGUCGCGAACUGGGCAAGGAUGGACUGGACAACUAUCUGGAGACCAAGACCAUCACCAUGAAGCUGCUCUAAGUUCGUACAGC